GCUGAGGUGGAUCUGCAACCCUUGCAGGCGGAUAGUCAUCGUAUCUGCCUCCUCUGGGCGGCGAGGCUAGUCGUUCUCGCUUCGCAGGAGGUGGUGGUGUGCGUCGCCCUCGACUCCCAACCGGCGACGGUUCUCUAACCCUCUUCAACAGAGGCGGACUACGCUCCCGGUACCGUGGGGCCGGAGAACUGGUCGCAGGCGCAUAGCCUCUGUCAUGGUUAUCUCUGGCGUAACCACGGUCGUCGCGAUACUCGCGCGGGGGCUCCCUCCUGUAUAGAUCAUCUCUCGGUAGGUCUUCCCUCCUAAGAGCUGGGGGUGGAGAGCGCGGUCGUGCUCGGUAUGCCUCUCCGCCUCUCACAUCUCGUACAUCGCGCACGUCUCGGUACCUCGCUGGUGAUGGCGUGCGUUUUCUCACCUCUUCCCGUCGUGGAGGGCUCCGGCUGCGUGGUCUUGCUGCCCGGUAGGUAUCGCUGUACUCUGCGCGUCUGGGAGGAGAGCGAGCGCGAUAGCCGUCUGCUCCUGGCCGCAAAGGAGGUGAUCGGGGCGCGCGUGGUGGAGGCGAGUGUUCACGUGGUGCUCCAGGUCGGUAUGACUGACCUCUACCGCCCUGGUACUGGUCGGGAAAGGCUUCACCUCGGUGUCUCCUAUCUCUGUCCAUGGUAGGUUUCACUGCCAGUCUCCUAACGUCGUCACAAGCUCCAAGGCGUUCAAUAGUUGUAGCAAGUGACACCGUUCGGUACAUUAGAUGUUGCUGUUCGCUAUGCUAUAGUGCGUUACGUUGCGGCGGUUGUGUC